AUGAGAUUUCUCUAUUUCUUCGUGGCAGUUGUCGUCCUCCUCUUCCAGAUUUGCCCAGGUUAUGGUUUGGUUCCUGCUGGUUUAUCCGAUACCAUAAAAUGCCGGACUACACCACGCAGCUUCUGCAAAGCUGUGGUAUGCCCACCUACUUUUGAACCAACUGGGACUUGCUUCGGAGGAUCAAUGCAUUGCUGUUCAAAGUAA